AUGACCCACGGCAGUGGCCUCGAUGAUGCCCCAAACACAACUUCCACAGAGUCAAAGAUAUCGAUCUGUGAAAAUCGCGUUCACCUCUUACUUGCUGCAACUGGCUCGGUCGCGACUAUCAAAAUAGCCAAUAUCAUCAGCGCUCUUUCCCCUCAUAUCCACAAGCUCUCAAUUAGAGUAAUCCUCACCACCAAAGCCAAGAAAUUCCUAGCCGGUCAGUCCGCCGAGCAGCCUACCGUCUCGUCCCUCAUUUCCCUCCCUGGUGUGGAAGCCGUCUACGAUGAUGAGGCGGAGUGGGGGCCAGAGCCUUGGCGUCGCGGUAUUGAUAUCUUGCACAUCUCUCUUCGACGAUGGGCAGAUAUCCUCGUCAUUGCUCCUCUUUCUGCAAACACCCUAGCUAAGCUCGCCAACGGACUUAGCGAUAACCUAUUGACCUCUGUAUGUCGGGCCUGGGAUACCGAUGGUCAGGUUGACGGGAAACGAAAACGGAUUGUAGUUGCACCGGCCAUGAAUACGGCUAUGUGGCGGCACCCAGUGACAGCCCAGCAUAUCCGGGUGCUAGAGGAGCAAUGGGGGGUUGGAAAAGACGAGAAAAAGACAGAGUUAGGUUGGUUUGAAGUCCUACAGCCGCAGUUGUCCAAGGUGUUGGCUUGUGGGGACGUGGGCAGUGGCGCUAUGUUGGAAUGGACCGAGAUAGUCAAGGUCAUCGAAGAUAGGCUAGGGCUGAGUGAUUUAGAAUAG